CCCUUCCGCCCCCUAGCUCCCGCUUGCGCUACCCUCUUCUUCUUGCUAUUUUCCCUCCCUCUCUCGGUUUUUUCUGUCCUUGUUCCCCUUUUUUGGUCGUCGUCGUCCUCCUCCGGACUCGCCUCCUUCCCUCUUCGCUCACUGCUGCACUCUCGUUCCCUCCACCGCCUUAAAGCCCUAGCUGUUUCAUCGCUCCCUCGGGAUCUCGGCUUGCUGGAGUUCCUGAACUCGUUGCGCGUCGGCGCCUGCGAUUCGAGGAGGUGGCCUGUAUGGUCGUUAAUCUUAUUGUUAAGCUUAUUGUGAUUCAGAGGGGGAAGGUAGUAACACACAUGGAUUCCGUGAACCUGGAUGGUUUUCUGGUAUAUGGGUGAUAUUUCUGAAGUUUUCUCAGGCACUAUAAAUCUCCUGCCUGUGACUCUUUAUUCUUUCAACACAGCCCUUCCACAGCAACAGAGCAUCCUGAGGUCUGGGUGGCUUCCUCCAUUUGAUUCACACCUUGCAGGAAUUCUUGGCUGCUUUGCUCUUUUUGAUCAUGACAUCAUUGGCUGUGAAUCAUCAGAUAUUGUAGCCUAACUGCAACAGCAAGUGUUAACCACAUUGUGUUUCGUUUCCUGAAAUGGAUCGUUGUGAUACAUCAGGAUUUGUUAGUGGAGGUGGCAAGCAUUCCUUCAGAUGUUUCUAACUUAGUUAAAUAUUGUUAGCCAUCUGUCCUGGAAGUCAGUCUAACUGGUUUUUUUCAAUUAAUAUCUGGUUGACAUAAGAGGUCUUCUACGUGACAUAGUAAUGAAUACCAGCAUUCCUAACUCAGGAUUUGCUGUCAACCUCCUCUCUUUACAUGCUAUUGGCUCUUGGAGUGACGUUCAAUCAGGAGCUGAAUAUUGCACAGAUGUUACAUUGCGAAUUGAUUCCCCUGGUAUCGCCAAUCUGUAUAGUUCCAACGCUAAAGAGACACAGAGGAAGUGGGGUGAUAUCAAUGGAUUGGAGGGUCCUGAGCACCCUUUACUUGGACUGGGUUUAGGGCGGUCACUGAGUUCCUCCGACAUUAGCAAGGGUAGCUCAACAACUGCUUGCACCAUGUCUUCAGUGAAGGAAACUGAUGAGGAAUCAUCAGCAGAUAUGGAUUUGAAUUUGCAGCUUCAUCUUGGCAAUGAGAAUAUGCCCAACCCUAAGAAAUCCUCUGUUGCUACUCCCAAGGCAUCGGGAACAAGGGCAGUGUAUGAUCUCCAGCUUAAUCUAUCAACUGGCCCAUCUGAAUCUGUUAUUGCUGGUAUCACCCCCGUCUCAGGGCAACUUCAGAACAGGUUGGACACAUCAAUAGUGAUCAAUCAAGUGCCAACAGUUGAUGAAGGAUCAGCAUCAUCUUGCUGGAUAUUUGGAAGUUAUAUGACACCAUCUUUAUAUACUUCAGAGACAGCUAGCAGCUUUCCUUCCAAACAAAAGAUUCAUGCUCAAGCUGAUCCGGUUGCAGUUGUCCCAGACCUUGCAUCAACCAUGAUGCAAACAAUGAAAAUCCCAGUUGCCUGUUCUUCCGGGGUUUCUCAUCCACAGCAAUGCUACAGCACCACAAAAACUUGUCAGUACCAGGGAUGUGGGAAAGGAGCAAGAGGUGCUUCUGGACUAUGCAUAGCCCAUGGUGGGGGACGAAGAUGCCAGAGACCUGGAUGUUACAAGGGAGCUGAGGGCAGGACCAUCUUUUGCAAGGCCCAUGGAGGUGGUCGGCGAUGCCAAUACCUUGGCUGCACAAAGAGUGCUGAAGGCCGCACUGAUUAUUGCAUUGCCCAUGGUGGUGGUCGGCGCUGCAGCCAUGAGAGCUGCACCCGAGCUGCUAGGGGAAAAUCUGGUUUAUGCAUCAGACAUGGAGGUGGCAAGAGGUGUCAGAGGGAGCAUUGCACAAAAAGUGCUGAAGGUUUCUCUGGCCUCUGCAUCUCCCAUGGAGGUGGAAGGCGCUGUCAAUUCCUAGGAUGUUCAAAGGGCGCACAAGGGAGCACAAUGCUCUGUAAGGCGCAUGGCGGUGGAAAGAGGUGCACAUUUUUGGGGUGCACUAAAGGUGCUGAAGGGAGCACUCCUUUCUGUAAGGGACAUGGUGGAGGGAAGCGCUGCUUAUUUCAGGGUGGAGGUGUGUGUCCAAAAAGUGUGCAUGGUGGAACCCAGUUUUGUGUUGCCCAUGGUGGCGGGAAGAGGUGUGCUGUUCCUGGAUGCACAAAGAGUGCUAGAGGGCGAACGGAUUUCUGUGUUCGGCAUGGUGGGGGCAAGCGAUGCAAGUUCGAAGGGUGUGGGAAGAGCGCCCAGGGGAGCACUGAUUUUUGCAAGGCACAUGGAGGAGGUAAGUGCUGCUCAUGGGGCCAUGUAGGGUCAAAUUUUGGUGUUGGUGCCCUGCCUUGUGAUAGGUUUGCUAGGGGCAAGAUUGGUCUCUGCACUGCACAUACUGCCCUUGUGCAAGAUCAUUGUGUUCAUGGUGGGAGCACACUGGGAUCUUCAGUUAUGCAGUGCCCAACACUGGUUAAAACUGAGAAAAUGAAGGAUAUCACUGUUGAAGAAGAUGUAUUGUCGAGGAUAGGCGAGGAUGGAGACAGUUUUGUAGGAUGGAAUGGUUCUGAUAUGAAAAAUAUUAUGGCCCACCUGAUCCCUUGCCGUUCCGGGUCAGCUUCACUUCCAGAAGGAAGGGUGCGUGGAGGGAGUCUAAUGGCAAUGCUGGCUAGCAGUGCAGGCCUCCGAAGCAACUGCACAAGCCAAUCGGUUGGGGGCACUACAGAGCAGGGUGUGUCACAUCCCAGGAUGCAUAGGUGGGUAUAAUGGCAAGAGCAUGCUUUCCUAUAUUCUUUCUUGUAUCAGGUUUUGAUCUUAGUUCUGGCAUAGUGUGGUCUGCCUGGUUAGUGUUUGUUGAAAGUGAUUUUGCUGCCGGGGAUGAAGUCACUAUUUCACAUUCAUUAAUUAUACGUGCUUGAACUUGGAUGUGAUCGUAAGGCCCUCUUGUGCAAAAAAAUAAAGUUGGGGGAGGCAAAGUUCUAGUGCAGGCUUGCUAGUUUUUCUUCCUUUUCUUUUUCCAGUUACUGUAAACAUGGCUCGUGUGUAUAGCUGUAUAGCCUUGUCUGCUUUGUGUGGAGAACAUCUGAAUUUCAGUUAUGGAGAAAAUCUUAGUUUCAC